AUGGAGAGGUACAGUGGGACCAAGGCAAUGGAGGGGCUUCCGGUGGAUCUGGUGGCUGAAUGGGCGGCGCCCGGUGGUGAAACCGGGCUGGAAGAGCCCAUGUGGCAGUUGGGUCUCGGUGGAGGGCCCGAAUCGUACCCUGUGAGGCCCGAUGCACCCGAUUGUAUCUAUUUCAUGAGAACAGGAUUUUGUGGGUAUGGCAGUCGGUGUCGGUUCAAUCAUCCCCGUGACCGUAAUUUGGCAAUGGGAUCUUUAAGAACGGGUGGAGUUGAUUAUCCUGAGCGCACGGGUCAACCUGUUUGUCAGUACUACACGAGGACGGGGAUGUGUAAAUUUGGGUCUACCUGCAAGUAUCACCAUCCAAAGUAUGGAGUUGGGUCUUCAGCUCCAAUCAUGCUCAACCUCUCUGGAUAUCCAUCAAGACCGGGAGAAAAGGAAUGUUCGCAUUAUAUGAAAACCGGGCAGUGCAGGUUUGGCAUGACGUGUAAAUUUGACCACCCACAAGUAGGUGGGGUACAAGUGCCUGCUUUAGCUGCUCCACCGACCAUGCAGUCUCCUCAACAAUAUGGGGUGAUUCCCGGUAAUUGGCCCGUAGCUAGGCCCACCGUUGUUCCGGGCUCAUAUGUUCCUGGAAGUUAUGGGCCUACUAUGGUCUUACCUCCAGGAGUUAUUCCUGUUCCUGGUUGGCCUCCUUAUCAGGCACCUGUUAAUCCUGGGGCCUCUCCAACUAUACAACCAACUGUUGGUGCUGGCCCAAUUUACGGGAUAACACAGUUGUCUCCUUCAUCGACUGCUUACACUGGCCCGUAUGUCCCCAUUACCUCGACUAUCGACCAAUCAAGCAGCACCCAAAAGGUACACGCAUUCCCUGAAAGACCCGGUCAACCAGAAUGUCAGUAUUACUUGAGGACCGGUGACUGUAAAUUUGGCUCCACAUGUAAAUAUCAUCACCCACGCGAGUGGACUGCACCAACAAUGAAUUUUUCACCGACUCCUGUUGGUCUCCCAUUACGCCCAGGCGUGCCAAUUUGUUCGCACUAUGCGCAAAGCGGAAUGUGCAGAUAUGGGCCCUCGUGCAGAUUUGAUCACCCAAUGGGAACUAUGACUUACAGCCCGUCUGCAUCGUCUCUCACAGAUAUGCCCGUGGCUCCUUACCCUGUGGGGUCCACUAGUGCAGCAUUGGCUCCUUCAUCAUCCUCAUUGGACUUGAAGCCCGAAAGUCUAUCUAGGCCCAUCAAAGACCUUGUUACAUCUCAAAUAUCCGAUGUGAAUAGCUCAAGUACCUCGGUUGGCUCAAUUCUAUCAAAACCCGGGCCUGCACCCCAAUCUGGUGCUCAGCAACCCGGGCCUGCCUCCGCCUCCGCCUCUGCCUCCACCUCCUCAAGUUAA